AUGGCUGAAAAGCAAACUCCCACAGAGACAUUCGCUCUUACGCCUACAAACAUAAAAAAAGACAACUCAGAGUCUGCCAAUCACCCCCGAAAAAGGUCAACACUAACGUGGGCACUUCAAGGCUGGUUACUUCUCCUCGCGCAUACAAUUUGUAGCAUCGCACUGUCCUUAAGCAUAGCCUUAGCUAUCAAUAACUACGAUGCUAUCGAUACCACAACACCUCGAUAUUCCGACGGUACUCUCCACCUCCGGGUUUCCGACAUAACAACGCUUGUUUCGGCGGGKUUGGUCAUCACCAAAUUCUUUACUACUUCCUGGGCAGCAAUCGCAAUCUGGAAAUGCGCGUAUCUCUUGACGCACAACGGCAACCCAAAGCUCAGUACUUCGCAGCUCUCGUUCAUGACAAAAUAUAAACUACCGCCAUGCUUCAGAUACCCAUUCCCACUCCCACGAGGCAUCCGGAGCUGGGUUGUUCUUGCGAUACUGCUCAGCAUAUUCCCUCAACCGUUCAUCGCACCUCUCCUCGCCGGUGCGAUAAACUGGAACCCAACUUCCGUCCCCGGAAGCGCGAAUGUAUUAGUGAAUUCCACGGAUCCUUCCGCAAGCGCUGUCCUAUGGGAACAAUACCCAGGCUACGCCGCCACAUCUGUUACAACGAGGCAAUACGUACUCGCAAAAGCGCAGGGGCUUGCCAGCCUCGCAUGGUCCGACAGCUCGACCAUCUCCAGCAGCAACGGGACCUCUCUGACUGGGAAUGGAUGCCGGCACGUCGUCAGCAGCAACAAUGAUGGUCUCCCCACCAACUCGACGCUCACAAAUUCUACCCUACCAUGCAUCAAAUUCCAAAAUAUCGUGUGGGCAACAGCGGCGAGUCAGAUUUCGAGUACGGUGGCCAACGAUGUUCUCUCAUUUGCGCCGUCGCUUAGCCAAGUGAACACAAGUCUGGACCUCUUCACGAGCCCUGGUCACGCAAUCCUCUUUGAUCCGGAUUUACUCUGGAACUCCUCGCAGACGGGCUUUCAUGAUCCAACCAUCGUCUCCGGUAAUCAAAGCCUGGGCCUCGUUUUUGGUAAUGGCGCAUCCGAAAAUUGCGCGAGCUUCAAGAGUCCUUUUGGCGAUUUCAACAUCAACAGCAGCAUUCCACAGUAUCUCUACCCUUGGGGCCUAGGAACAUGCUACAUCUUCGCCAACAUUACCCUCACAGCCGGCGUAACCACGAGCCCACUGAGCACGUACAUCUCAUCAUCCCGAGUCAUCGAAGACCAGACACCCCUCGACCAAGUCCAUUUCGAGCCUGAUCGAUGGGUCCAAGAAGCAUUCUGGCUUCUGCCCGACCUUCUAACCCAAAUCGCGCUUAUGAACUCUUCCCAAAUCCCGACGUGGGAUAACCUCGAUUUGUACGUUGAAAAUGUUAUUCGUCAGGCUUAUCUAGCGGCCUGGGAUUCGUUUCAUCAGACUUUUGAUGAUACGACUAUUGCGCCGAGUACGAUGUCGAUUGCGGCGCCUGUGAUUUCGAGGAUUAGGGCUAGUGUUUCCUAUGCAAGGGUAUUCGCGUGGUUGGGUGUGUCGUUGUUAGUGGCCGUCGGUGGUCUUUUGCUGCUUGCUCUGCAACAUGGUGAGGAGGAACCGGAAAUGCCGAACAGCAUCAUAGCUGGGCAGGCAGCUGAGGCGAAGAAGGAUGCAAAGGAGAUUAUGAAAGAUUUGUCUAGCUUGGGGUUUUUCUAG